CAACUUGAAAAUCUACUUUCUGCACAAAGAUCUUUGAAAUUGAAUUUUUUUUUUUGAAAUUUGAAAUCAAAUGGCAACUUCGAGGCCUUAUUCAUCUCAUUCCACGGCUCCAUCGGCGCCGGAGCUGCCUCCACAGUCAUACGACCACCACCACCAGCCGCCGCAGCAGCAUCAGCAGCACCAGAGCUAUUACGGACAGUACCCGACGCCAUCUCCGCCGCCUUCGUCAUCGUCAAGUUAUGGGCCGAGUGGUGGCGGAUUUCCAGCAGGAACAUCUCCAGAUGUUAUAAGGGCGUUUCAAAUGGUAGAUAGGGAUCGAAGUGGAUUCAUCGAUGAAUAUGAGUUGCAGCAGGCACUGUCUUCAGGUUACCAGAGGUUUAAUCUUAGAACUAUAAGGUUGCUUAUGUUCUUGUUCAAGAAUCCUUAUGAUUCACUCAGAAUUGGCCCCAUGGAGUUUGCUGCACUCUGGAGCUGCCUUGGUCAUUGGCGGGCUGUAUUUGAGAGAUUUGAUAGAGAUAGGAGUGGGAAAAUUGAUUUGAUGGAACUAAGGGAUGCUUUAUACAGUCUUGGAUAUGCAAUUCCACCUUCUGUUCUUCAACUUCUAAUUUCCAAGUAUGAUAAUGGACUAAAUUUCGAUAGUUUUGUUGAAUGUGGGAUGAUCAUCAAGGGAUUGACCGAAAAAUUCAAGGAAAAGGACCCAGGUUAUACAGGUUCAGCAACGCUUUCGUACGAUUCAUUCAUGUCUUUGGUCAUUCCGUUUCUUGUUUCAUAUGAUUGAUUGUGUAAUAUCAAACCCUAAAUACCCAAUUAUGAUGUUGUUUGUGUUCUUAAAACCAUUUGAGUUUAGCUUCACCUUUUUGUAAAAUGUAGACCUUUUUAUUAUGGGAAUGUUGGGAUAUAUGUUAAUAUGUGUUAAAUAUAAGUAUUUUUAAGAUAUGUGGAAGUUGUAAUUCUACGUAAAUGUUGAAUAUAAAAUAGUGUCGAAUACAAGUAUUUUUUGGACAUGCGGUGAA